AUGUCUCACUUUGCUAGCCACCCGUACCAUACCAUGCCAACUAUUCAUUCCUCCCAGAAUAAUCAUCCACCUCCUCUCAGCCCACCGGAGACCGAUCAAGAAUCUCUACCGGUUCAAUUGCCACAGGCUUCUCUCGUCGCUGGCGCAGAGCUGGAACAGCUGGGGCAUUCUGCUUUGAGUUUUCCUGAGCGUUCUAGAUUCCAAUCUCGCAGGACGUCCACUCUGCCGUACCAGAACUCGGGAGGAGUACGUGAAAACCGAGACCGAACCCCUUCACGGGCCUCAAAGUCCUUGAUCGUUGUUCUUCCCCCAUCAGACUUUCCUAUGGAUCGUGGUCAACUAGGCAACAUGUUGUCCAUGGGACCUCGUCACCGUUUAUCUCAAGGGAUCCUCAUGCCCCUAUUCCCUACGAUGUACGGGCAGCUCACUGCAAUCGCACGGGAGUUCAAUUUCCCGAGCACCGUAGGCUUGUGUCUCUACCAUCAUAUCACUGAAAAUGGUAUCACCAUGACGCCGCGCAUCUCUGACGACGUCUGGCAGUACCUAUGGGCGCAUCUCAUCGAGUCACGUAACGGCUCCCAACAACUAUCCAUCGGUGGUCGCGUAGAAUUUGAUAUUGAUCUCAACAAGGCCCGCUGGUUCGAUGCCUGGCUUGCCGGCACACUGCGCGACGACACCAUUGUUCCUGCUCCACAGUCCCAUGCAUCUAUACUGCACUUACAUGGAGAUAGUAAGACUACAUUUGCAGAGGAACACAUUGCGAAUGAAGACCGCUGGGAAAGUCAGACCAAUCAAUCGAACUCAAAGCCUACAGCUAUCCGUCAGGCACCCAAGAAACUCUCCCUCGUCGAUCGGCUAGAUUCCACUGCGCUCCAGGAUUCGUACAAAGCAUCGCAGGCAGCUUCUCUACCUCUAAACCAUGUUGCGCAUCAACUGUCUCCCAUCCCACAGUCUGCGGUUCCGCAGACGUCGAAAGCCGAGCUUCGUCGGCGUGUUAAUUCAUGGCGAGCGAGCGCAUCCUUAGAUCCUGCAUCAAUGACAGAGUCAUACCAGCCCAUCCCUGAUGCUACAUUGGGCGCUGCGGCGAUUCAGCCUACGGAUGAGUACCCCUUGGAGGUAGAGGCAGGAGCCCAAGAGCCCCUGAAUUUGGCAGACUAUGCCUGGACCGUCACAUCCGCUGGGCCGCUUAGUCCGCCUCUGGAUUCUCCAUCGUCUUCCUACCGUCUUCCCUCUGUUCAUCUUGAUCGUCGCAUGCAGGAAUCUGUGCUGUUGACACCGAUUACAGCAACUAGUUGGGGACCUCUGGAUGAUGAUUGGCUUUCAGACGUGUCAAGCAUGGAUCGUUUACCUUCGCCUGACAUUGGUAGACGUAUGCUUGAGAGCGCACCCCUCACCCCCGCCACGGCCACUAGUUGGGGGCCUGCUGACGAUUGGCGGUCAGAUGUAUCCAGUGUCGAUCGCUUGCCGUCCCCAGACAUUGCUCACCGAAUACUGGAGGAUGCUUUAGCGAGUCCAGCCUCUGAAGUGGCGACACUUCCAUCAACUACCUCUUAUAAUCCUUGGGCUGGAAUGCCAUGGGUUCAAGUUUGGCCUUGGUCCGAACUUGAGAGUGCGGAGUCUGGGCUUUCUUAUAGCCCAUGGGCCAUCGUGCCUGCCAUCCGAGCAUGGCCUUGGUUCGAUAUUCACGCUUCCCAGGACAAUGGAGACCUGGAGUUGCAGCGUAGCACCUCUUCAAAUCCCUGGGUUGGCAUGCCCUGGUUUAACGUUGGACCGUGGCAUGAAGUUGACGGUGUACAGCCUAGAAAUUCCACGGUCAUCUCGCUCAGUCGACAAGGAGGGUUGAAAUCUGAAUAUCCUAUGAUUGCUAACUUUUCAAUAGACCCAGCUUCCUAUCCUUAUUUCGAUAUUUAUCCUGCUUGCGAGGUGAACAGCGGCCUCGGCAGCGCUAGAGGUUAUCCUAUACUUGAAAUUUGUGAAUGCUCAGCCCGAACAAUAGAUCCUGCAGUUUACCCUCAUUUUAACUUAUAUCCUUCGAUUGCAUGCUCAUUUAUUACUUCUGCUGAAAAGACGGUCGCCUUUCAGCCAAAAAAAUCUGUCAUUGUAGAACUUGCUCCAGCUUACCCCCUAUUUAAUCUUUAUCCUCCUGUUUACCCUCAUGUGAACCCGUAUCCACAAGCAAGUGCGGAGGUGGCUGGACCCCGGAGAGCAAAAGACGAAAUUGCGCAGCCCGUUCAAGUAAAACUUCGCCCACAAUAUCCUGUUUUCGAUAUCUAUCCUGCAGGCUAUCCGUGGAGCCUGAAAACAGUAUAUCCCCCAACCGAAGUCGAAGAUGCCUCUGAAAUCACUAUCCGCUUGUCAUCGCGCUAUCCAUGGCUGGACAUCUAUCCCUCGGUUUACCCUUUUGUUGAGCCAUAUCCGACUUCCACAUUAUGUCCUACCACUCGCUUUCUCAUAAAGUACGCAGAUCCUGCUGUGUAUCCGCACUUCGAUCUGUAUCCCGCCCGUACGGCAGAGUUAGUGAGUCGGGAGGAAGAUAUGAGCGACGGCAACCUUCCGUUUCGAGUAGCACGUACCCCUUCUCGGUCAUUUGUGAGUUCUACAUUAUGUCCUCUUACUCGCUUUCUCACAAAGUACGCAGAUCCUGCUGUAUAUCCUCACUUCGAUCUGUAUCCCGCCCGUGCGGCAGAAUUAGCAAGUCAGGAGGAAGAUACGACCAGCGACAAGUUCCCCGUUCUAGAGUAUCCCUUCCUUGUCAUCUAUCCUGCUGUAUAUCCUCACUUUGAUCUGUAUCCCGCCCGUGCGGCAGAAUUAGCAAGUCUGGAGGAAGAUACGACCAGCGACAAGUGCUCCGUUUCAGAGUAUCCCUUCCUUGUUAUUUACCCUGCUGUGUACCCGCACUUCGAUCUGUAUCCUGCCCGCGCGGCAGAACCAGUGAGUCGGGAGGAGGACAUUACCAACAAUAAACUUUUCAUUUCGAGCAGCACGUACCCCUUCUUGGUCAUUUGUGAGUUUACAUUAUGUCCUCUUACUUGCUUUCUCACGGAGUACGUAGAUCCUGCUGUGUACCCCCACUUCGAUUUGUAUCCCACCCGUGCGGCAGAAUUAACGAGUCGGGAGGAGGAUAUGACCAAUGGCAAGUUCUCUGUUCCAGCGUAUCCCUUCCUUGUCGUUUAUCCUGCCGUGUAUCCGCACUUCGAUCUGUAUCCCGCCCGCGCGGCAGAAUUAGCGAGUCGGGAGGCGGACAUAACUAACAGCAAGCCCUCCGUUUCGAGUAGCACGUACCCCUUCUUGGUCAUUUAUCCUCAUGUAUAUCCUCACUUCAAUCUGUAUCCCACUCGCGCUGCAGAACUAGUGACCCGGGAAGAAUCCAACAUUCUUCAUGUGCAUGUGACUGCUAGUCCAUAUCCCUAUCUCGUGAUCUAUCCGUCUGUGUAUCCCCACUUCGAUCUUUAUCCUGGUGUCCUCUCGAUAGUUGAUGCUCCUGCUGCAAGCGGAAAAUCAACUGUUAGAAUGGACCACGGGUACCCAGUCUUGAAUAUCUACCCUGCUGUCUACCCGCACUUGGAUAUUUACCCCGCGCUUGGAAAGGUAGCGCAGCCAUCUCAGAAGGCGACUAAUAUGUCAGUGCGCCCGUUAUCUGCGAAAAGGCGCAGGAAGACACACGCCGAACUGCACACCGAGGUGGCACAGUCACCUGGAUUCCUUGUGGCUAGGAAAAAGUCUACAAAAACACACCAUCAGCUACAUGUAGAGGUUUUUGUCAACGGAGUCACUUGGACACCUAGCGGAUAUGUGCAAGACCUAGCACUU